UACGUGCACGAGCUAAACUGUUUGCGUAGCGAGAUGUUGAAAAUGGCGGAGUAUAGAGACCAACGCGACAAUUAAAAUAUUAGUUAACCGUGAAUGACAAUUUCAAAACAAACGCAAGUUCUAUUUCGGAAUAACUUAAUUUAAGGAGAGACAUGGAGUAUAGUUGAACACAUCGAAUUGGUUUUGAAACUGGCUUUGAAUUAGCUAGCGUUGCUAAUCUCGCUAGUUUCAAUAGUGUGAUUUUUUUUUUUUUAUCGCAGGUUUGUUUGUCAACAUUAGAUGACGUUUAGCCACCAACCAACUUUUCCCUUACCAGUGCCAAACUACAGCACCAGAUCACAUUGUCCAUAGCGUGUGGAAGAGACUUUUACGGAGCGGCGGAUCAGAAAAUCAAGGCAACCGAACUAAUGUUAGCUGGUUGGCUAACUCACGGCUUUAGCUGACAAAUAUUUACAUUAAAUUAGCCACCUAAUGCAUAGUAAUUGCGCAUCUAACGUGACAACUCUGAUAGCUAGAUUGCAUUGAAAUCGAAUAAAUACAGAAGAGAAUCACCAAUCAACUUAUAAGGGGCCUGAGAAACAGGUCCAGCUCGCUCGCCCCUCCCCAAGUGGGAUGGUGCUACAUGACGGGGAGGCCAUGGCGCCGUAGCCCCCUUUCCUGGAUCCUGCCAGCCACACCACCACCCCCCUCAGAGCAGAGGACCACUGCCACAGCAGCCCCCCCCAUGUCACCCUGUGGAGCCCUAGAUCAAGUGUGCUAAAGCUCAGAAUGAGUGCUGUAGGGGAAAGGGCACUGGACCCUGCCACGUCAGAGCCUCGUAAGAGGAAGGGCUCGCUAUGCGACAUCUCAGGCCAGAGUGUGGAGAAGCGGCGGCGAGAGCUGGAGUGUCGUUACAUAGACGAGCUGGCCGAGCUCCUGUCUGCCAACAUGGGCGACAUCGCCAGCCUCAACGUCCAGCCAGACAAGUGCCACAUCCUCAAGAGCACCGUGGACCAGAUCCAGCAGAUCAAACGGCGCGAGCAGGAGAAAGCGUCUCUAAUAUCGCCAGAGGACAAGGUGCAGAGGAGUGACAUUUCGUCCAGUAGUCAGGGCAUGGUGGAGAAAGAGGCUCUGGGGCCGCUGCUGCUCGAGGCCCUGGACGGCUUCUUCUUUGUGGUCAACCGCGAGGGCCGGAUCGUGUUUGUGUCAGAGAAUGUGACGAGUUACCUAGGUUACGCCCAGGAAGAGCUGAUGACCUCCAGCGUGUACAGCAUCCUCCACGUGGGAGACCACAAUGAGUUCAUCCGCAACUUGCUGCCCAAGAGCCUCGUCAACGGGGUGCCGUGGCCCCAGGAGCAGGGCCGGAGGAACAGUCACACGUUUAGCUGCCGGAUGCUGAAGAGGCCCCCUGACGAGGUGGACUCAGAGAACCAGGAGGCACGGCAGCAGUACGACAUCAUGCAGUGUUUUACUGUCUCCCAGCCCAAAGCCAUGCAGGACGAGUGAGAUGACCUGCAGACCUGCCUGAUCUGCAUAGCCUGUCGGAUGCCUCGCCCCCAGCAGCUCCCCGCUAUCAGCACUGAGUCCUUCAUCACCAAACAGGAUCCCACAGGGAAAAUCAUCUCCAUAGAGACCAGUGCUCUGCGGGCGACGGGGCGACCAGGRUGGGAGGACCUGGUCAGGAAGUGCAUCUACGCAUUCUUCCAGCCACAGGGGAAAGAACCCUCCCACGCCAAGAAGCUGCUCCACGAGGUGAUGACCCAUGGCACGGCCAUCAGUCCUCUUUACCAGUUCAACCUGAGCGACGGGACCCCCCUCAGCGCUCAGACCCGCUGCAAGUUCUGCUGCCCCCCCAAAUCCGACGUUCAGCCCUUCAUCAUGGGCAUUCACACUAUUGACAGGGAACACAACACUGCUAGCUCUCAGGAAAACACUAACUCCAGCCUUCUACUGACCCAUGGGAGCCCUGCUUCCUCCCACCCUUCCCGUUCCCCUGCCCUACCGGCGGGCAUCGAGGCCAGCCAAGCCCCAGGCCCCACCUCUAGCCUCCAUCUCAACAACGGAAACAGCUCCGGCACCACCGCCCCCACCACACCCACCAGCCAUUCAGCAGGGUACCUGACGCCCAACCGGUUGUGUCCUCAGCAGGUCAACAGCCCCUCACCCCUGGGCAGCCCCCUCACAGCCAUCCCUACCUCAUUCAUGUCGCCCAGGCCCCCCAGGGGCAGCCCGGGGCUGGGCGGCAGCCCGCGCGUCCCAGGGAACCCCUUCUCCCCUUCCACUCCUGGCCUGCACUCUCCGAGGAAGGCCAGCACCCCACCAGCUCCCCAACGCGCCCUCCCCCCGCAAAGCCCCCUGAGGGAAAAGGAGGAGGUGGGGGAGGAGAGUACCUGGGGGGUAACCAAACUCAACCAGCUCCUGGACAAUGGCAGACACGCUGACGGAGCGCCACAAGAUCCUCCACGCCUCCUGCAGGACAGCAGCCCGACCGAGGGCGGCAACGGCAAGGAGUCUGAGAUCAAGAAGGAGCCUCCUGCCAGCCCUGCCACCGCCAACCCCAACGGACCCCCCACCACCCCCAGGACCACCAAGGGCCACGGGACACUACGCCCUGUGCUGCAGCCUGCGCCACCCCAAACCCAAACCCAGUCCUGCAGACAGCAGGCCGCCAGAGACCCGUUCCCCAGUGGACCUGCUGACCUGGACCCUCUCAGCCAGCUGUUGCCCACCCUCAGGGGCCCCGCUGGGGCCAAGCAGGGCAGCGAGGAGAAGGGUGACCCUCAGGCCCUGUCGUCCCAUAGCCCCCAGACCCAACCUCAACCUCGGCUCCAGUCACCUCCACAGCCUCGGCUUCAGUCCCCCUCCCAACCUCAACCCCAACUUCAGUCCCCUACUCAGGUCCAGCCUCAGAACCAUCUUCAGUCCCCUCUCCAGUCCCCUACCCAUCUCCAACCCCAGAACCAGCUUCAUUCCCCUUUCCAGUCCCCUACCCAUCUCCAACCCCAGAACCAGCUUCAAUCCCCUACCCUACUCCAGCCCAGCGAGGCCAACGUUCCCAGAGCCAUGAGCGUGAAGAGGGAGCCUCCCCGAACACCAAGCCGAGGGCUCACGGAUGUCUCCUCCAGCCUGCAGAACCAGUCACACUUUGACUUCUGCAGCCCCACCACCCCCAGCCAGGGACAGGGACAAGGGGAGCCCUUCCAGACACCGAAAGACAGCAGCAGCCCCUACACAGAGCCUGGACUCAUGAACUCUUUCAACUCCAACACCGGGUUGUCUAAGAUGGAGACGGACUCUCAGCAGUUCCGGCCCCUGGCCCUGACUGACUCUCUGUCCUUUGAUGGAGGCAUGGGAAACCCCGUGCAAGCCUCUCUGGCCUCCCCUCAGGAGCAGUGUGUCCCGUGCCCGCUGGACCAGCUGCUGUGCCCCCCCACCACCCCAGAGGGUCGUAACGAUGAGAAGGCCCUCCUGGACCAGCUGGUGUCCUUCCUGAGUGGGACGGACGAGAGCGAGCUGGCAGAGCUGGACCGAGCCCUGGGCAUCGACAAGCUGGUACAGGGCGGCUGCUUUGACCCCACCCCUCAACGGUUUCCCUCCCAGCCCCCUGCCGCCACCCCCAUCUCCAUGGACCCCAAGCUGCCUGGCUACCCCUCUCAGUUCAGCACUGGCUCCCCUGGCCAGUUCCCUCCAGAGAUGGGGCAGGGUAUGGGGGUCUUUGGGGCACCCAGGGGGGCCUUCCCCGGGGGCAUGGGCAGAGCGCCUGGCGUUGCCAACCAGCUCCGACUGCCACCCAACCAGCUGAGGUUACAGCUGCAACAGAGGCUGCAGGGCCCACAGCAGCUGCAGAACAGGCUGGCUGCCAUGAGCCAGUUCCCAGGGGGAGCUCACGUUACCAUGGGGAUGCGUCAGGGAGUGCAGCAGCCUCAUAUACCCUCUCAGCCUCCUCUAAACGCCCAGAUGCUGGCCCAGAGGCAGCGGGAGCUCUACAGCUUCCAGCACCGCCAGAGGCAGCUCCUGCAGCAGAAGGUCAUGUUGAUGAGGCAAGGCAUGGGGACCGGGGGGCCUAUUGGGGCCACCAGGGGACAAAAAGGACCCCAGCCACAGCAACAACAGUUUAGCUACCCUCCAGGCUACAGCCCCAUGUCAGGAAACCCACCCAGCUCUCCCAGCCUCUUCAAUCCCAUGGGAGGGCCCCUGGACCCCAAGCUGUCGGGCCUGGGCCCCAUGGGCAGCCAUUCAGCCAUGAUGGGUGGGAUGCAGGGACAGUUUGGGGGGGUGAACUCGGCGGUCCAGCCUGGGCUCUUCCAGCAGUUUGGAGGACCGGGUAUGGUCCAGCAAGGAGACCCCUCGUUCCCUCUAGAGCUCAGUCCCACCAGCCCCUUGCUGUCCCCUCAGAACUCCACCUCCCAGAGUCCUCUGCUCCAGCAAGCCCAGCCUCCUCCUGGGUACCAGUCACCUGACAUGAAGAGUUGGCAGCAAGCUGGCAUGGGCAGCAACAGCUUAUUCAGCCAGUCUGGUCAGACGACGCCCCAGGCCUUUGGGCAACAYGGGGUCUACAACAACAUGAGUAUCACCGUGUCAAUGGCAGGAGGCUCAGGGGGUGUGGGCUCACUACCUCCCAUGGGACCACCCGUUGGCCUGGGCAACAGUAACCUUGGCAACUCCAUGUGUAACGAUCAGGUACAGCAGGUUCAAGUGUUUGCCGACGUCCAGUGUACGGUGAACCUGGUGGGCAGCGACUCCUACCUAAACCAGCCGGGGUCCAUAGGCCCCCAGAAAGGACCCCAGGGGCCUCAGAGCAGCCAGUCCCAGCAGAAGAGCCUCCUCCAGCAGCUCCUCACAGAGUGACUCCUCAGCUCAGCUGCCUGCCAGCGGAAAGGUUCUCCAUAGACCACCACAACCUCUUUUCUUUUUCACCUUUGGUUUUAGACAGCUACCUGCUGGACUGGUUAGGAAGGCCCUGGGAGGGAGACUGAGGUCCAGGUAACAGCGUGUCUGUCUACCUGCCUGACAGCCUCAGCCCGUACCGUAAGACCGCAACGAUCGUUCAGCACUCAUUCCUGGUUACAUACUUUCAACACAAAGUCUGCUUCCUGUUCUGAGAAAGGAAUCAGGUUCCGGUUUUGCCAAGUCGUCGCGGUCGUCAAAACAUGACCUGGUUCCUUAUUGGCCCGUUCCAUCAGGCCGUCGCAGCAGUACGUUUUGGGAGUGCGAGCAGCGUGCAGCUGAGCUCAGCUUUGGGUGGUUAACCCGUCGUCUCGCCUUUUUGCCUCGCGCGGGGCAGGUGGGGCAGGUGGGGCGAUGUUGUGGGGACAACGUUUUAAGAAUGUUAGGUUUUUAACCUCUGCAAUGGAAAGCUCAGUUUCAGCUGGAUCUGUGACUGACUGGCUCUCUCCACUGCAGUGCCUGAUGGGAGGAAGUUCCCAGCUCUCGUUUUUGUUUUUCUGUUCUCGUCAUCUGCGUCGUCAGGACAACAAGCAUCACGGCCAGGAUGGGAUGGGAGACUGCUCUGCUCUGUUCAGUUGGCAACACUGUCUUUCCUGGGAGGGCAUUUUCUAACUACCUGACUGUCAAACUAACUGUCUGUCCUACACAUUUUUCUCCCCAGCGUCUGUGAAUACGAGCCACAAUGGGCUCUCUUUGACCUGUCAGUGUUGUUUUUCCAUGUAGAACCGUGCAGCUGGGUAGUAUUGUCCAGCAAGGAUGAGAUGAAUUCACACUAUCUACUUUCCUUUCAAAAGCGUAAUUUAAUUACUCUAAAAAGCAACUGUCAUUUUGAGCUCAAACUAUACAUUGCGAUUCAUUGCAGGUUUUUACCCCCCUUUAAAAAAAAUUGCGGCGUCUAAGAUGUCAGUUAUGUUUUAAGGCGACAUUUGGCAUUAUGAAAAUGUAACACUGCUAAAUGUUGUGGUGGGGAAACUGUCUCUGUAUUCUGUAAUGUGAAAAAAGAAAAUCUUGGUAUAAGAAUUUUUGCGAUUGAUUUAGAAAUGGCUAGCUCUGCUCUUUUGGCAUCCCAUUGAAUGUUUCAAUAUUCUUAAAUUAACCUCGAAACAAACAGGAGUGGAUUAUCAAUAUCACACAAAGACAUGAAUAUGUUGUAGCUAGUAACAGUAGAAUUUCCUCACUAAGAAGUGAUGGAUGUUGAAUGGGGUGUUGUCUUGGAAACACAGCUCUCUCUCUCUCUCCGACUCUGCCCGUGAUGAUGUCACUCCACUGGCCGCACACUACAGCUCUUUUUGACUGCUCAUGUGACCUACUGUUGCCCAGUCAGACACUGUCUAUCAGCGCUAACCUCUGUUGAUAUUUACUAUACACAUUCAUUCACAUAAAGUCCUGCCAACAAACACAAUGUUUUUAUAGGAGUAAACAAGAACCUAUUAACAAGCAAUAACCAUAAUUGAAGAGACAAAAUAAAUGUUUUGCGGCGUUGUAAUGAUAAUGAAAAAUCAAGUCUACUUUGUCUUCUCUGCUCUAUCCCGGGUACCUGUAUUUCUGAUUAACAAGGCUUUCUAAAGGAUAACUGUUAUUAUCCAACUAGAUGUCUCACUGCUGUGUAUAUACAAGGUAUUUCACAAGGUGUGCAACAUUACCCGAGCACAGCUAAUAACCGAGGAGGGUUAGGGAUGAUCAGUUGAAAUAGCAUGUAUGAUCACCAUCCUCCUCCGGAGACCUCAAACUGAACACCAACUCAAACUGAACGCCAAUGUUCUAUGAUUUGUGAAUCACUUUAUGUACAGUUUCAAUGGUGUCUGUGUGCGUGUGCUUUAUACUGUACCCAAACAGUGGCUCAGGCGUCCUCACCAUACAACUCAAAUUCAACCUGAAAAUGGGAUCAUUUUGUGUGAUGUCGAUUACAGUUGACAUGAAAAGCUGGUAGCAAUUUCCAAUUUGAAUACUUUUACAGAAAAAAACAUUUGUGAAACAGAUAAACCUUGAUUUUACAUACCAAUUGUUCCUGUGUAUUUUAAGAAACUUAAAAUGUUGCUUUGCUUUUACCCUAUUGCAUAUAUAAUUAAAUGAGGUAUUUCAGUUUCCUUCUCUUCUGAUAAUGUUACAUUUUUCUUUUCUAUUUGAACGGGCCGUGGGUUAACAGUUAGUAUUUAUCAAGGUUAAAGCCAUUCCUCAGCCACUGUUUGGUUCAUGUAAAUAAACAUACACUUUACAAAACACACGGAAGAAACACAAAUUAACAACAGAAUGUUUGUGGAAGGAUUUCAUUUGUUUUCAGUAUACGUGUACUAUAUGGGGUACCAGCUAAAGGUUUCACACUCACAGAAGUAUUACAAAGGAUAACGUGUUUUUUUUUUCAUCUUCACAUUCUCCAGCCUUUGCUCCUCAUUGAGGAACAGGCAUUUCUGUAUGGAUAGUGGUAAUAGAACUGCAUCAAAUGUGGAAGUUAAUCCGAUCUGUUAAUAUCAACUGUUUAGCAUUUGGGAUAUAAUAUGCCAAAUUCAAAGCACCAUUAGACAACGCUCAUUAACAAACAGACAUUACUUUAAGCAAGACCUGCUCAAUGGCAGAGACAGUCCAUUCAGUACAGGUACAAGGUAAAUAUUUGAACUGGUUCUUCAACAUGUUAACAUGUAUAUAACAGACAAUGUGAAUAUGUAUUUGUUCAGAAUCAACAAAAUGUAGUGCUCCAAGUUUGUGGUAUUAACUACUCGCUUCCAUUUUAUUUUAAAUUUUUUCAUUUUGAUGUAUAUUGACUGAGUGUGUGUAUGUAUGUGAUUAAUACUGUGUAUCUGGUGUUUAAGAUGGAAACCGAUUAUGUCCUGAUUUGAUUUCUUCUUCUUUUUAGAUACCUGCAAGUUUUCCUGUGGGUGUUGUUCAGACUGCUCUUUAUGUGAGGGAAUGGUUUAGCGACUGCUGAAUGUGAUUUUACUGAGAGAGAAGCAGCAUGGAUUGGCUUUUGUACGGGUUCAUUUAAAAAGGCCAUAUUAUUUAAUUUAUCUGUUAUCAAAAAGUUUAAACAGAUCUGAGAAAGUGGAACCUUGGAUUCUGAGAAGCAUGGCUUCGGUAGUUAAGUGGGCUUUUGUAGAUCGCCUGAUGUAGUUUUUUGCAUUUUCAGAAGUAAUGACCAAAGCUUCAAGAUGUUUAAUUCAUAUCAUAUGCAAGCCUCAUGCAAUUGGAUGAGACAAAAUGUAGCGUUUGUUAAAUUUUCUAAAAUGAAAUAGUCUCAUGCCUAUACAUACUAGCUCCUCUUUGACCACAUGACUAAUUUGUGGUAGUUUGUGCUUUGCCUGUUUGUCCUUUAUUUCCUUUUUGACACGUUUUGUCCUAAGAUACUGACAAGUGACCUAUCAGCUAUAGUAUUUUUAUGUAACUUGUAUUCUUUGGAAUUUCCCAAAGUAUGAUCAGUUAGAAACUUAUUCUCCCUGUUGCCAUUGACUCCUAGCAAAGAUGCAAAAAGUAUUGUAUGGCCUGACGUGCUGUCAUUGUUUACAGGAAGAGAGAACGUUGCAACAGCUAGCUAUGCACCUUAGCGAAAAGCAUUUAUUUUACACUGAUUUAAGUAUUCAAAGCCACACUAGAAUCUGAAUCAAUUAUUUAAAUCAUGGUAUUUUCAGUCAUUAGUUUCUUGAAGAGAAGAAAAAAAAACUACCUAACUUUCGUUUUUUUAACUUAAACUAGUGUUGUUGAUAAUUGUCUGAUCUAUCAACUGAAUCUCAUUAAAAAAUAUUAAUGUAUUUAGCUGAAUACUUUAUACCAAAUUUGAGGUGCCUCUUGUAUAUAUUUUCUGCAUAGAGGACUGCUCCUCGCUGUUUGAUGAUAAUGUUAAUGACGAUUUUCUUAUCUUUACCUUUAUAAAACAAGUUUGCUGUAUUUUACAUGACUUUUUUACUAAAUAUCUAAAUAUUCCAGGAAUUUGCAAGAAAUACAAUCUAGUUUUGCACUUUAUAUCAGAAUUAUUAAGAGGAAACAGGCCAUCAUGAAUACUGUUCAAAUCAGAUUACUAUUUCACGAUUAGGAAGAAAAAAAGGAAAUCCUCUGAAUGUAUUAGAAAGUAAAAUAUUGAUCUGACUUUUCUUUAGUAAUCCUAGUCAUUUCUCAGGUUCUUAAAAACAAAGAACUUGGUUGUAUAGCCCAUCAAUAUGAUGACUAAAGAGAAGUGUACUUUCUCUACUACUAAUCUAUGUAGUUUCAGUUCACUCUGCCACAGAUCCUCAAUCUAAACUAUGCGUAUCUUCUUCAGGUGAUCCACUGCCCCUUCCCUCGGCCAUCAGCUAACUAACGCGCUUACACUCAUACGUCUUGUCUUGCAGCAGCUUCAACUGUUCAAAACAUUCCCCCUCAGCUAUGCUCCCUGCAAUUAUUGUACUCUGCUAUAUAGUGUAGCAUCAGUUCUAUUCAUUAUGUUUCUAGGCUUAGUAAUACCUACCAAGCAGUAACAGCCCUACAUACGUUUACUGCUAUCACUUUUGCAUUUCUUCGCCACCUUAUCACAUACUGUCUAAUACAGAAGUAACAUCCUUAGAUAAGAGUACUGCACUGUACCCUACACAGAUAUUACCUCUCAACUGUUAGAUUAUUGGAGCAACUGUUUGCUGAUGAUGUUUGUCAAGUAUUAUAUGUGCUGCCUUAUCGAGACUGAAGUUGGUUGUGGUUGGAGAACUCAAAAGCUUGUAUCUCGCCACUUAUAAGGGCAAUGAUUUCUCAUUGAAACGAGGUUCCACUUUUUCCCCUGUAAAAAUAAUAUAAAUAUAUGUAUAUAUAUCUAUAUAUAUAUAUAUAUAUAUAUAUAUAUAUAUUUUACACAUUUUGUCCAGUUAUGUUUAUUAUACUUGUAUAAACUUGUUUUUAAAGAGGCAUCGGAGCAGCUGUGUAGGACAAUAUGAAUGAAGUAUCUGGAAGAAUUAUGCAUGUUUUUAUUUCUGUGUCCAGGUGGAAUACCUGGGAUAAAUCCUACCUUUUCUUAGGACAUUGUAGACAAUCAGUCUCAGGCUGGGUCCAGUACCUACAGGGGGUCCCCCCUGUAGGCUGAAAAACAAACCGUUUUUGCAUCUACUGAAAUGUCUUAUUUGUCUGUCCGUUUUUUUGGGGAGGUAUGUGGCUGCUCAGACUGGGAUUAGUUCAAAGUUUACACACUUCUACACAUACACCUCGUGCGUUCGGUCCCUCUGUUGCUUUUCCAAGGUGAAGAUGCUGACCUUGAAAGUAAAUGAUGCUUUGACUAACAAAUCUAUAACAUCCAUGAAUGUGAGAAUGCAACACAUCGCAAUAAAAGCACCGUGUAAAACAGG